AUGAAAGCCAGGCCCCAAAGCCCUCCACCCACAUCAGGAGCAAUUACGAAGCGCCUGCUUCGAGCCUUGGAGCCAAAUGCAAAAGGAGUUUUUCGAAUUUCGAAGACAGUGAGGGACCAGUUUCAAGCUGGUGGCAAAGAGAGAGAGAACGUGUACAAGUUGUUCGCACAGUGUCAGCACAAUCCGGAGAUCUUUAUGAACAAGUACAGCGCCACCCACGAAAAGGAGAGCGAGCUACAGGUGUCUGUGGAGUUUGAGUUCUUGACCAAGAAGGAGAUGGCUGAUGAUCACAACAUGUCGAAGAAGACAGACCGGGUGAAAACGUCCGAGACAAGGGAGAUCGAGGCUGCCGGCGAGGGAACUGAGGAGAUGGAUGUGGAUUUGGGUGAAGCCUUGGAGCUACCCCCAAGUUCCUUGCAAGCAAAUUGUCAACAGCCAGCAACGCUUGCUGAUGCUGCAGAUGGUUUGACACAGACACCGCCACCGAAUGAGGAGGUCAGCAAAUUGUUGAAGCGCUUGGGCUACCCAGAGGUUCAUGACUGCAAGGCCUCUGCUUUGAUUGACAAGGCCGUUGGUGCUUGCACUAAACGGUUGAAGAAGCUUGCUGAGCUGCUACCGUCUGACAGCUGCCCCCCACCUGAUCCCGCAGCCCAAACCGCGAACAUGGACCUCAAAGAGAAGACUUGCCCUCAGCCGAUGUACAACAAGAUCCGGUCGGUCUACGCAGCCGUGGACUCUUGCUCCGAGGCACUCGAGAAGUACAAGGCUGAUGGUUUGGUGGAUGGCUUUACUGAGCAGUACCGCUUUGGAUUUAUAGGUGCGAAGGGUGAUGCCGAAUGGCACUUCGAUGCCGGAAGCUUCAAUAGAUCGUAUCAUCGGAUCGGCCCUGUAAAUCCUGCGAAGAUUUGCCCUUGGUGUGAUGCGGGAUCCGAAGGCUUCCCGUAUACUGAUGUUUCCAGUGCGCCCAAGUGGCUCGAAACGGUGGGUGCUUCGGAUCCAUGGGACGAAGACCCUCCCCUGUCUGCAAUUCCCUUUUCGGAAAGCUUCGGUGCAUUUAUGUACAAGAAUGAUCCCUUCCAUGUAUUGAAGUUCGGAAUCUUUAGGGAUGCCACUGCCAGCUGUGUGACAAGAUUGGCCCAGCUAGGGUUUUGGGACUUCGAUUCCGAAAAUGAGCUGCAGAACGUCCCGGAUCGGCUUUCCAGAGCUUAUGGCUGUUACCGCUUGUGGUGUGCUGCAAACAAGAAGCUGCCAGCGCUGAAAGGUUUUACGAGAGCCAACAUGCAUUACGAUACCAAUUCGGCCUUCGCCUGGUUCAAUACUAAGGGCAGCGAGGUGGUGAUAUUACUGCAGUGGCUCGACUUUCAGGUGUCACUUUUCCUACGGGAUGUCCAGGUUGAGAACCACCGGGCAGAGUUGUCAGCAAUGAAGCAGUUGGUUCGUGGUGGCCUCGACUAUAUUGGCAUAAUGCACUCCCACGGCAUAUGGUUGCCUCAAAGUUGUGCCCGUGUCAAACUGGACAGUGGCUUGACUUUCGCCAGGGGCUAUGCCUACAUGGCUAGUGGCUUUUCUUUGGCGAAUGCCAGUGUGCGAUAUCCAGGCAAAGAGCAGAAGAUGGUCGCCCUGCAGGCAGAAGCGCAGGCUCACUUUGCGAUCCUGUUGGCCGAGAUAUGUCCUAAGACGGCCCCGCCUCUUCGAGUGUACUGCACUUUCGACCACAUCACCGGGAGGGGCCCAACAGGGGCACUUGCCGAGUUCUCGUCGAUCGCGGCUGCUGAGAAAGCUUUAGCGGCAUGCAGGAUGGCAAAUGCUGGCAAUCACAAGCCGCCAAAAAUUCUGUGGCGCCAAUGUGGCUUUGCCGAGCUGCCCAGUUUCACGAAGGCAAACUCGCACUCUUGCUCGGGGAAAAAGUCUGCGAGCUGUCGAAGUGUGGAUCAGGUAGUGCAAGAAGGCGUGCAGCCGUCCCGCUUGGCGCAACUAAGACGAGGCCAGAAAGUGGCCUCCGUUGCAGCCUUUGCAGCAUCCCUGCUGGGUUUAGCUCACCUGGUGCUCUAUGUCUUCACACCCUCCAGGCCUUCCUGGCUGGGUCGGUCCAGGCGUCACGGGAUCGAAGCCCGCGUAGCCUUGUCUGGAUUUCUCUCAGCUCACCCGCUGGAGUUUCCUGGGCUGCUCUUAGCGAGCAGCGCGGUGACGGGUGCUUGUGAGGCAGCCGCACAGGUGAAUUGCAGCAGGAACUAUCGCAGCUUGUACAUAUCUCUUGCCAUCGCUGGCCUGUGCUACAUCUUUGAUGAGUCAGCCGUAGCCCAGCAGAUCCGAGCUGUGGCAUCCACCGGCACCACUGGAGCUUUAUUCAUCGUGGCAUACGUGGUGUAUUCCUGCCUGGACUGGCUAAGCAACGGCAUCAGCAUCUCCGAGGUCUUCCUCGGCGUUCGAGCCACUCGGAAACUGGGCCUUCCACAGCCCUGGAAAGCUGCAAAGCCCAGCGGCGUGAGGCUAUUGCCAAAGCUCUAUGCCAUUGCAGAGCUCAUGUGCCUGUUGGAAAUGGGCAGGUCCACCUUGUGGCGCCUUGGCCGCCUACUUCCCGUGCUCGCAGCUUUGGACGAGCUUCGCCGGAUUUCCUCCCGUCCAGAGCAGCUUAGCUCGCCUGAGGCAGCUCAGCUCAACAAGGGGGUAGGCUUUUGGGCGUGGUCUGCUUUGUUGGAAGCUGCUUUGCUCGGAGUCCUGUGUUCUUCCUGGGCUCGACAUCUCGGCUACACUGGGCCAGGGGUUGCCUUCUCGGGCCUUGCCACUGCCGCCCUGGCUGCUGCUCCGGCGUGCGUCGUCUUGGCCGCAAGUUUCAUGGGCUGGUCGAGAUCGGAGUCUGCCUUGGUCGAGCUCACUAGGGCGCGGCCAGAGCAGCCAUGGGAAAGACUUGGCCGGUACGACUUGCAGAAGCUUGAGGGGCUUUACCUCGACGGCAUCACGAAGUAUUACUCGGAGUUCUACGACAGACCUUCGAGCACCGGCGCCGUCAAGAAGUUAAAUGACUGCGAGUACUAUCGAAUCAAGGUGCGCUUGAAAAAAGCAGGCUCCAAGGUUCUGCGGUACUGCCGUGCCGAUAUUCAAAAGCUCGUCUGCCAGGCACAGGAGACACAAGAAUCUGUCGUGCCGGUGAAUGACGUGGAGGAGAAGCUGCCAGCCACAAGAGCUGCAGCGGACGGGCAGGAAGCUUCACCAGAACCUCUUCCGCCAGACGAGCCGUCGAAGGCAGAGUCUGAGCCGAUGGCGCCUUCACCAGUCGUCGAGGUUCAGGUCACGCAGGAGCAGAGAGAGCCACGAGAGGCAGUUCUCGAGGAUGUCGAGACAAAGCCGCCCACAAAGGAGCCUGAGACGCAGGAGGAGGACAAAAAGGAGGAGCAGCAGAAGGGCGAGCAGCCCGAGGGCGAACGGCCGAAGGAGGAGCCCAAAGCUGAGGAGCUCACAGACGGGUCGGACCAGGAGAAGGCCCAGGAGUCCAAAGAUCAGUCCGAGGAAGAGGCGAAGGAGGACAAGGCAAACGAAGGUCGUGUUACAUGA